AUGCACAACCAGCUGAGUUCGACUAAUGUAGACCAGGGGAAUUUCCUGAGUUGGCAUCGCUACUAUAUCUGGGUUUACGAACAAGCUCUUCGCAACGAGUGUGGCUACAAAGGCUAUCUCCCAUACAACAACUGGUCCAAAUGGGCAGAAGACCCGCUCUCAUCACCUCUCUUCGACGGCAGCAAGACCAGUAUUUCUGGUGACGGCGAAUAUGUGGCUGGACGAGGGUCAUGGUGCAUCCCAAACGAAGCGCGCUGUAUGGUUACUUUCCUUUCCGCAAAUGGUGGAGGCUGCAUCAAGUCUGGGCCAUUCAAAGACUGGAAGAUCAACCUAGGCCCUAUCCAAACGACAGUGAAAGACGCCCCACCGAAUCCGCAAGCUGAUGGCCUUGGCUACAAUCCUCGCUGCCUAAGUCGCGAUAUCAGUACCCAGGCUUCCAACGAGACCCGAGAUGAGAUGGUCGUAGACCUGAUCAAGAACUACCCCGAUAUACUAAGCUUCCAGAACAAGAUGCAGAACUUCACUCAAGGGGUUAUGGGCGUUCACAAUGGAGGACAUUACACGAUCGGAGGUGACUCUGGAAUGGAUAUGUUCAACUCCCCAGCAGACCCAGCCUUCUAUUUCCACCACGGCAUGAUCGAUCGCGUUUGGUGGACAUGGCAGAACCUCGAUUUGAAAAGCCGGCAGAACAGCAUCGUCGGUACCAUGACCUUUCUGAACAACCCACCGAGCCGUAAUGCCACUCUUGAUGACGUGCUCAGCGUGGGGUAUGUCGGUUCACCGAACAUUACCAUCAAAGACGCUAUGAGCACGAUUGCAGGGCCGUUCUGCUACGUGUAUGCUUAG